AUGAUUAAUCUUGAAAUAGCCCGAUAUGCUGCAAAUGACCUUAGCAGCCACCUACCAACAGAUAAACGUAUAUGGCUAUCAAUAAAAAAUAAAGACAUAACAAGAACCAUACAAAACUUCUUAUGGAAAAAUAUACACAAUGCAUACAAAUGUGGAAAAUACUGGGACAACAUCCCCAACUAUACAUAUCGAGCAACGUGCAUUAAAUGUACAGCAGAUGAGUCACUCGAACACAUUUUAAUAGAUUGCAGACAGAUUCCAACACAAGAUAUCAUCUGGAAACUAUGUGAACAACUAUGGGAAAAAACUGGAAACAAAUGGCCACAAAUCUCAUAUGGAAAAAUCCUUGCCUGCGGUCUUGCACAAUUUCGAAACAAAAACAACCAACCCCUACAUGGAAAAAACAGGUUAUACCAUAUUCUAAUAUCAGAAUCUGCUGCUCUAAUAUGGAGACUUCACUGUGAACAAAGAAUUAGCAAACAAGAUGAUGAAACAAAAUGGCACUCUAAAGUAGAAAUCCAUAACUGCUGGGUAUCCUGCAUCAAUCAACGACUAUCACUAGACUGCCAAAUAGUAAAAAUACAGAAAAAUGAAAAACAUAAUCUAAACUCUAAAAUAGUACUCCACACAUGGAGUGGGUGUUUAGAAAAUAAAGAGAAGUUGCCUGACAAUUGGAUAAGGCAACCCAGGGUUUUAGUGGGUAUACCAUAUCAUAAACAAGAUGGGAGCCCCACACAAAGUGCGUAA